AUGCCUUCUCUCAAGACCAUCUUCUCUGCCAUCUUCCUCGCCGUGGGAGGCUUCCUCUUUGGCUAUGACAGCGGUAUCAUCACCUCAACAAUCUCGCUGGCUACCUUCAAGGAAUAUUUCACCAACCCCAACAGCACCGUCACCGGUGGUAUCGUCUCUGCAUUCCAGGGAGGAGCCAUCUUGGGAACUUUGAUCAACAUGCUUGCGGCCGACUGGUUGGGACGAAAGAGAACGGUUUUUGCUGGUUCAUGUGUUUCUGUGCUUGGUUGUGCCCUUCAGGCUGGUGCCGUUAAUAUGACCAUGCUCAUUAUUGGUCGUUUCAUUGCCGGUGCAGCGGUGGGAAUGCUAACUUCUACUAUUCCGUUGUAUGCUGCUGAGCUUUCCGAGCAGAAAUGGCGCGGUGCGCUUUCAGGUUUGCUACAGUGGAUGUUGAGUUGGGGUUUCUUGGUUGCUCAGUGGCUUGGUUAUGGUUGUUCCUUUGUUAGCACCGAAUUCUCUUGGCGCUUCCCUCUUGCCUUCCAGAUUGUGCCAGGUCUCAUUCUCGUCGGAGGUAUCUGGUUCUUGGACGAAUCGCCUCGUUGGUUGAUGGAAAAGGACAGACACGAAGAGGCCAUGAAGGUGCUCAAAAACAUCCGCAAGGGCACGAGCCAGGAAGCCUUGGACUUGGAAUUCCGCGAGAUCCGCGACGUUAUUGCUGCUGAUCGGGCUGUUGGUAACACCUCAUGGAAACUUAUCCUGACGAAAGCAUCGUGGCGCAAACGAUUGAUUUUGGGAUGUGCCAUCCAAGCUUUUGGCCCUCUUUCAGGUAUAAAUGUUAUCAACUACUAUGGACCUCGCAUUUACGCUAUCCUGGGUAUUAACGAUCAAACCUCGCUAAUGAUUAUCGGUAUCAGCGGAGCGCUCUCCAUUGUUUACUGCUCCAUCGGCCUCUAUAUGAUCGACAAAAUUGGUCGCGUCAAGCCCUUGAUAGUCUCGGCUGUUAUGCUCGGGGCUGCGUUACUUGUCAAUGCUGUCCAGGCACAAUACUUGAAUACGAAUAACGGAAACCAGCUCCGUUCAAUGGUUGCAAUGAACUUUGUCUUUAGUCUGUUUUAUACCCCGCUUGGAAUUAUUUCUUGGGUCUAUCCCGCCGAAAUCUUCCCCGUCGAAGUCCGCGCGCUCGGAAACGCAAUCACAACCUUCACCAACUGGGCCUUCAACUUGAUCUUUGCACAAUUCACUCCCACUGCUCUGGACAACGUCGGAUUCAAAUACUUCUAUGUGUUCUUCGUCAUGAACCUAAUUGCCGCGUUGAGUUACUAUUUCUUCUUCCCCGAGACCAAGGGACGAACUCUCGAGCAGAUUGACGAAUUGUUUGGUGAUCAACUUGUUCCCCAUGCUUUGCAGGAUCCAGAGGGCGCUCAAGCGGCUAUGCAGAAAGAAGCAGAAGUGUCCACCUGGCAUGAGACCGCAGAAGCUUAG